GUUCCCGCUUUCAGCAGCGCAGAAAAAUUGUCAACUCGCAUCGCACAGCUCCAUCGUUUCGAUCGGUCUUGUGUGUUCACAUUGCUUUUUUCGUCGGAAGGAAAAUCGUUCUUUAGUACUGUUGGCUAAAUUUUAUCCCCGCGGAAACUACUUCUCAAAACAAUGGCCCUCCGUUUGUUCCGACGAAGCCAGGAGCUGGUAACUCCGAUCAUCAAAAGGGGAUGUGUGGUUUCUGCCUUCGAUCUGCAGCACAAGAACCCCAUCCAGAAGAAGGUGGACCAGAUUCCGGUAGCUCAGUACGGUGGCCGGCACACGGCGACCAUGCUUCCGGGCGGUGGAAUCGGUCCGGAGCUGAUGAACUACGUUAAGGAGGUGUUCCGUUUCGCUGGUGUUCCGGUCGACUUCGAGAUUGUUGACAUUGAUCCAGCGAGCGAGGGCAAUGAAGAUCUCGAGUACGCAAUUACUUCGAUGAAGAGGAAUGGCGUUGCCAUCAAGGGUAACAUCGAGACCAAAUCGGAAGAGCUCGGAGUCAUCUCCAGAAAUGUUGCCCUGCGUAACGAGCUGGAUUUGUACGUGAACGUGUUGCACUGCAAGUCCUACAAUGCCAUUCCGGCUCACCACAAGAACGUGGAUAUAUUCAUCAUCCGACAGAACACUGAAGGUGAAUAUGCCAUGUUGGAACACGAGAGUGUUAAGGGAGUCGUUGAGAGUAUGAAGAUUGUGACAGAGGAGCACGCCUAUCGGUUGGCCAGGUGGGCGUUUGAAUUUGCCCGAAACAAUGGCCGCAAGAAGGUGACUACCAUCCACAAGGCCAACAUCAUGAAGCUGGCUGAUGGGUUGUUCCUGAGGGCUGGCCGCGAGGUUGCCAAAGAAUUCCCGGACAUUCAGCAUAACGAUAUGAUUAUCGACAACUGCUGCAUGCAGCUCGUGUCGAAUCCGCAUCAGUUCGACGUGAUGGUCACCACCAAUCUUUACGGAAGUAUCACAUCGAAUGUGCUGUGCGGUUUGGUCGGUGGAGCGGGACUGUUCUCGGGACGGAACUAUGGAGAUCAUUACGCUGUGUUCGAGCCGGGCACCCGUAACACCGGCACGGCCAUCGCUGGCAAGAACAUCGCCAACCCGGUCGCGAUGCUGCAGGCCGCCGUAGACAUGUUGUACCAUUUGGGCCAUCGGUACCAUGCGGAUUGCAUUUCCGAUGCCAUCCACAAGACGAUCGAGGUCGAUGGAAUUCACACUCCCGAUUUGGGCGGACAAAACAGCAGCACCGAUGUCGUUCAGAACAUUCUGCAGCACCUGGCCGAGAAGCGAACCUACUGGCAACACGGAAAGGACAACUAAAAUUCUGUCGACAGUUUUUUUUCUAUAAGAUUUUGAUUCUAAAAUACUUCUACUUCUACAUUCUUCCGAUUAAUUGGUGUCUGGUGUACUGCAGCAUUUAUUCGAUGCAAUCCUUUUUGUGUGAACUUUCCUCAUUUAUUCUAUUCCGAUAGUGGUUAAUAAAGUGUGUUGGGUUUAAACUUA